ACCCAAGGACUUGAAGAUAACCCAUCACUGGACACCUGUGAAAUAAAAUGUUGAAACACUUGUCUCACUUAUUUUACGAAACGGACUUCCGAAACACGGCUCUACUAUGAAGAGCGCGCACUGCCGUUUCUAUUGAAUAGCAGCAAUUAGCUAAUUAACGUGUGCAGAAAGCUAGCAAGGAAAAUGACGGGAAAAAAAACCGUAGCACCAGAAACACUAUUCUAUUAUUGAUUAAUCAAUACCCGCCUCACAUUAACACUUAAGUUCUGGGUUUGCAAGGACACACGUUGAAGGCGUCCUCUUGCUAACUAUGUGACGUUUUGGCAACGCCUCGGGUUACAACUUUUAGCGUUAACUAUUGAUUAUUAUCUGUGACGUGUUGGAGCGCGACACGUGUGAACUCACGCGAGAUUUCAUUUUACUGGCCAAUCCAACAUGGCGCCGUAGGGACGUUGUUAUUGUUCCCUCUCUCCUACAAGCUAUUGCAGCACGAUUGAAACUACGCAGAAAACGGACCGACGCGUUCAGGCGGGCAUGAGAGGACCAUCUGGGGAUAAUGCUGAGGUCCACCGGUUUCUUCCGAGGGAUUGACUGUCCGUUUUACGCGGAAUACAGCGAGGGCAAAGGCAGCAAAAAUGGGUGCAACAGACCGUACUGUCACUUCAGGCAUAGCCAGCAGAGACGGCCGUCCUACGGAGCACCGGCAGACGUUAAACGGCAAAGAGACCUUCAGUCGGCACAGAAAGACCGUUCAUCUUGCAUCCCUGUAGAACAAGGUUAUGAUCCCUUCAACCCCGAAGUUGUGAGGCCCCAGGAGGAUCAGAAUGGAAAACCAGCUGCCUCAGGAGACCUCAGCGGCGCUCUGGAGCUGGUCAACAGGGCCAUCGAGGAGGUCCGCAGCGAAGUGGAGAGGGAGAAGAGGAAGCUCUCACGCAUUGGGGAUGAACCAUAUGAUCCCAGUGAGAGUACCAGUUUGUCUUCAUCUGAUGCUGCUAAAAGUAAAACACCCCCUUCACACAUGGCCUAUGACCCUGGGAGUUAUCAGAUGACAUCAGAAGGCUAUAAUCCCACCCCUGGCUGCAGCAAGUACACCCUGGAUUCAGACAACCAGGGGAAAAAUAAUAACUCCAUGGAAUAUGUUCCUACUUCAGUGAAAAAGCCUUCAUCUCGGACACGUACACACCAGCCUCCCUCUCCUCCCCCUAGUCCGAAGUACUCCAACAGCACCUCGUCCUCCAAGUGUAAAUACACAGUGGAUAAUACAAAACCAUCUACAGAUAUGGAGUAUGACCCGCUGUCCAACUACUCAGCAGGAAUCGCAGUGAAAAGCAAGAGGGACAAGGGUGCACAAGCUGUUAAGACCGAGGGGAGAAAGACACCCAAACAGCUGGGAUCAGAUAUGUCAGAUGAGGACUGUGCUGUAGCUGUAAAAAAGCCACGGCAGCAGAGCGUUGACUCAAAAAAGUACACUUUCUCUGACUCUGAUGGGGAGAGCUCUGGGACGGAGUAUCGACCGAUGUCACUUAGUAAUCUCCAGCAGAGAAAAGGCAACAGUGGGCCACUUUGGGAUGGUGUGGGCAAGGAGAGAAAAGAGAGAACAGAAAGUACACUUAAUACUCUGACUCAGAGGAAUAAGGAGGAUUUGGUGGGGGACUCAGACAUCCAGGGAGAUCAUAAGGGAAAGGACGACCUAGAAAAAAAGAAGUCGACUGGUCAAACUAGUCACGAAAAAAGUGGCAAAUCUGAGAAAGUGCACAAACUUGAAAAGGAAGUAAACAAAACAACGGGAAGUAAGAGCAACGGCGGCAGCACUAAAGACAAAGGCUCAAUAAAAACCUUAAACCAGGACUCUGCAAAGAAGGAGAACAAGAGUAAUGGAAAAAGAGAUGAUGGGAAAAACCCAGUUAAGGUUAAGACAUCAGAUAAAGUUCGGAGGGAUGGUAGAGAUGAAAAGAGAAACGAUAAGAUCAAAGCUGGAGAAAAAGUAAAAACAGACUCUGGCAAGCGAGAUAAAAAUUCAGAAAAUGUUGCAAGGGAAAGCAAGAAGCCCAAGAUAUCAGACAAGGAAAAAGAACUUAGCAAAUAUAAGGACAGCCCACAUAAAAAUGGUAAACUUGAUAGCAAUAAAAGAGAAAAGGAUGUAAAGAAAAGUAGUAAAAGCAGUUCUAGUAGUGUGAGCAGUAGUAGUAACAGUAAAGGCAGUUCUGCAAGCAGUAAAGACAAGGUAAAGCAAAACAUCAGCUCAUCAAAUGGGAAAAGACUUGAAAACAAAAGAUCCAGUCUGAGCCUUAGCCAUGCAGAUCUGUUUGGAGAUGAGAGCCCAGAGGAGGCCGAACCGAUAGAGGCGGACGAUGACGACGAGGAACCUGAAGAAGUGCUGGUGAGAAAAUCUGCAGACGCUUUAAAGAGGGGACGUCUGAACAAGAGGAAAGCGUCGGAGCUGACUCCGUCUUCCUCCGAUGAUGAAGAUGAUCACGGCUGGCUGGAAGACAGCAGGGCAGGUAAGGACGGGGUCGACGAAGUCAGAAUCGACCUGUCCAGUUUCCAGGAUGAUCUGGAUUUUGACUCAGAUCCCAUGGAGGAGUGUUUGCGGAUCUUCAAUGAAUCAAAGGAUGUGAAGAGGGAAGACAAGGGAAGGCAAGCCAAACAGCCCUCCAGGGAUUCAGAGGAGGAGAAAAUCACAGAGAGCACUUUAACCACUCUCUUCCCUGGUCAGAAGAAGAGAGUCUCCCAUUUUGUUGCCAAAGGAAGCAAUGAUGCGCCUUCCAAGUCUGUGGUGCGGCCGCAAAAGAGACUCACUGCGCAGGAGGUCUGCUUCCAGCGUAUGCAGAUGGCACAGCAGCAAGCUGCUCAACUUUCUGCUUCAGCCAAAGCUGCUUCACAAAGCUCCAGCCCCAGCUUUUCUGGAGAGAGGAAGAGAAUAGCUCACCGCCCCAACCCACAAAUAACAUCUUCUAAAACAAGCCCUGCAGAUGUUAAACCAGCUGCUAGUCGAGUGCUGUCCCCCAGCCAGACCCAUCCAACUGUCAAGACCCAAACCACUGCCGGCAUCUUGUCUAAAACCAUGUCUACUGCCAUGCAGAAGAGGGUGGCACACAUGCCCACCAUGAAGAGCACUUCAAUGAGGCGCCCCGUCAUCCCCGCUGAGUUUGGGGCCAAAGUUCCCACCAACAUCCGCCAGCGUUACCUCAACACUUUCAUUGAUGAGUGCGUCAAAUUUUGCCCAUCGGAGGACGCCGCCUUCCGGAUGGCCCUGAACGAGGAGAAGCUGGUGUACGAGCGCAGCAGCAGUAAGAACAUCUACCUCAACGUAGCCGUGAACACCCUGAAGAAGCUCCGCAGCCAGAGCAGCGCCUCUCCAUCGCCUGUCACCAAAGACUCCAGUUUAGUUGCCAGGAGGAGGACCCAGUCCCACGAGGAGGUUCUGGGAGGCCGUCUCGCUGCUACAACCAGCUUCACUGUCAACAGGAUGGGUAAACAGCAGGAGGAGAAACUGACGGGAGCCACUCUGUACAGGAAGCUGAAGUCGUACCUGAUGACGGAGGAGCAGCUCCAGGAGCACGGAUACCCAAGAACCAACCCCGAGGCUGCAGGCAGAGCCAUCAUAUACAACCUCCCGGAGAAAAAGGCCGUCUCAGACCCCUUCAGCAAGAUAUGCUGUCGAUGUGGAGCAGAAUAUAAGGUCAAUGUCAACGGCAGCUGCGUACGGAAAGAGGAAUGUAGUUUUCACUGGGGGCGACUGCGCAGACAGAAAGUCGCUGGAGGCUGGGAGACCAAUUACAGCUGCUGUGCUGCAUCAGUGGGCACGCCAGGUUGCCAAGUUUCCAAGCAACAUGUUCAGGAUGGACGUAAAGAGUCAUUAGACGGCUUCGUCACAACGUUCAGUAAAAGUCCCCCACCUGAUGGCAAUGGAGGGGUGUUUGCUCUGGACUGUGAGAUGUGCUACACAAAGCAGGGCCUGGAACUGACGAGGGUGACGGUCAUCGACUCUGAGAUGAAAGUCAUCUACGAUACUUUUGUCAAACCUGAAAGCAAAGUUGUUGAUUACAACACGCGGUUUUCGGGUGUGACAGAGGAGGACUUGGAAAGCACCACCAUCAGUCUGCGAGACGUUCAGGCCGUCCUGCUCAGUAUGUUCAGUGCUGAAUCCAUCCUCAUAGGACACAGUCUGGAGAGCGACCUGCUCGCUCUGAAGCUAAUCCACAGUUCAGUCGUAGACACGGCCAUUGUGUUCCCUCACCGCCUCGGCCUGCCCUACAAACGUGCCUUGAGGAACCUGAUGGCCGACUACCUGAAACGCAUCAUCCAGGACAACGUGGAAGGCCACGACUCGAGCGAGGAUGCGUCUGCCUGCAUGGAGCUCAUGAUCUGGAAGAUCAAGGAGGAUGCGAAGGUCAAAAGAUGACCUCUGACCCCUCUCCUCAACUUUUCUCCGUUCCUGCCUUCGCGUCGGUCGCAGCGAGACGGAAAAGUUCAGGAGGCCUGCGCCUGCUUUUAGAGAGCUCAGGUCAACGUGUCAGGGGGAAAGUUGAGGUCAGAUGAAAGUUUUCCACGGUGAAAGCGUGAGAGGAGGCUGCUGUGGUCACUGCCUGGGAUGAAUGAGAGAGCUGCCAGUCCCUUCGAAGCAACGAGAGCCCACAUUAACAGUGUUUUCAUUUGCUUAUUGGUAUUUCAGUUCUUAAAGAUUACGUUAGUUUAAAUGUAUUUCUGUUUGUUCGAGCAGUGUCCUAUAAGGCCUCAAAAAUUUUAUGAACGAAACCUUUCAAUAGAAGAAAAAUGAACAAUGAUGGAUGAUGAGAUAUUCUUGCCGGGCUGCAUCUUCAGCCUUAAUUGCACUAUAGAAAUGCUCUUGUUGUACAGGGCCCAAGUCUGAGUACCUCAUCCGUGUUACAAAGCAGUCACUUCUAAUGAAUAACAUGUUACUUAGUUAUCCACUUAAGUGCAUUGACGUCUUAGUCUGUUCAACUUUGCUAUGUAAAUGCACUCGUGCUUUUCACUUUGCACCUCGUUUCCUGUCACUGACGCUCUGUUCACGUUGCGGUUCUGGCCGAUCUGAUGGCUGAUCUGUUGACUGGCUCUCACACCCAACUAAUCCUAUAAUACUUGAUCAUAUAAAAUACCCUCAGCAGAAAUGUAAAGUCUCUUCUGCUACCUGUUUGGUAUAGCCAAUGGAAUAUAUCACUGUAUUUUAUAGUUGAGACUGACUAUAUCCACGAUGCGUCUGUGUCAUGUUCACUGCAUGAGGUAAAACAACAGGAAUCAUUGUGAUAGCUGGUAUCACAUGGUGUUACUCCAUAAAAACACAGAAAAUUAAGUUCAGUACUUGAAUUAAGUUUAGGUUAUGAAUUACAGACGAUUAUCAUUUAGCGAGUACCAGCUAACCUGUGCUGUUUUAUGUUGGAAAUGACUGAAAAAAAACAUACUUGAGUGCUGUAAAUACGCUGUAAGCAGUUUCAUUUGUAUUUGUUCUUUCUUUUUUUUUGGUUGUUUAUCUUUUUCUAUUAAAAGGUAUAAGUUAAAAG